GACCGAAGAGCCGAAGCCUUCCGCCAUAUUUAUUGUAGCGGAUAUUUCUUGAGAGAAUAUCAUCUCUCAAUUGACAUUAUAUCCAUCUGAAUUGACAACAUCCUCUGUUCAUAAGGGUGACGUAGGUCAUCAUACUUUUCUCCAUUCAUUUUCCUACAGAACGAGCAAGGUGGCUUCUUGCACGUUCUGUGGUAGCGUGAAUAAGAGCUCCAUGACAGGAAAUGCAGUAUGUCUGACCGUUCAGCAGUGACAAACAAAGGGAAAGAUGGAAAAUCAAAAUACUCUUCCCUCAACUUAUACGAUACUUACAAAGGAAAAAGUGUAGAACCUCAAAAACUAGCAGUGAGCCAUGGCCGUGGAUUACAAAGUCUUGGCAAAGUGGGCAAUGCCCGUCGUGUGCCUCCCAACCUCCCAAGCUUAAGAAGUGAACACCAAGGAAACGACCCAAAUAUUAAUCUUAUAUCAGGAAGUGGAUCAGGAUGGGGAUCCGACGAAAAGAAUUCAGAAAAUGCUCCAGAGAGCCAGGCUGCAGAUACUCAGCCGCCGCAGCAGCAGCAGCAACAGCAGCAAGCACCUCCUCCUCCUCGGGGACCUUCAGUCCAAGAGGACUCUCAGUCAGGGAAGUCCUGGCAUCCUCCUGCUCCCAAUGCACUGCCAAAAGGAGCGCCCAAUCAAGUUGGAGCACCGCCACCGAUGAGAAUAGCUCCUCCCCCUUCGCGUCUGGAUCAAGAAUUUCCAUCUCUAGGCACGCCCGGAGAUCAGCCAGCUGCCGCUUCAAGCAGCAGCAGCAAAGACUCAGACAAAGAGAAAGAGAAUCCCAAAGAGGUCCAGUAUGGACCAGGACCAAGUCUAAGACCACAAAACGUAAAGAGCUGGAGAGAAGGCGGCAGCUCGCUGAACAAGUCCGGUGGAACUGGGACGGGGGAGGCUGAAGGGCUCGCCUCCUCGUCACCGGGUGCAGCCCUAGACAAAGACCGCCCCAUGAUGCCCCCUCAUGGUAUGCCCCCUCCUGGGAUCAUGAAUGGGGCUCAGGGGAACGCGCCCCCACCAGGCCCUAUGCAGCAGUUCAGAGGAAUGAUGCCUCAAUAUAUGCAGUUUGGGCCUCGUGGUAUGCCCACGGGACCGGGUGGCCCAAGAGGACCACCUCCGCCAAUGAACCCGUACAAUAUGGGUUACCCAGGAGGGCCUGGCAUGCAGGGACCACCUCCAAGACAUGGGUAUCCACCUCAACACCAGAAUGCAAUGAUGCAGCAGCCUGGACCAAAUAGAGGUCCUCCCAGGCACCAAGGGAGACCAGAGAAGCCAGGAAGCAACAAGGAAGGUGCCCCCAGACCAGCCAUUGUCAACAUGCAGCAUCUAACCGAUAUGGACGAGUUAGCUGCUAGCAAGACGGAAGAAGGGUGGGCCGUGGUCAGCGGUGAGGUGGAUUACUCUGAGAAGCUGGUCUUCAGUGAUGAAGAAGACGACUCGCCCAAGAAACGCGCUGAAAGAGGAGCUGCACCAAGUGGUCGAGAUGGUUCAAAAGAUAGAAAGGAUGGAAGACCAGAGGAAGACUCAAACCAAAGAUCUCAAGUGGGAAGAGAUGGAGUUCCGCACGGCCCACCCAGACCAAACUGGGAGCCUAACGAUAGAGAGGGGAGCGGCCCUCCACCCUCUCGGGGACCUCACCACGGCCGGAUGCCGCCAGCCAAUGUGGACCAAGCGGAUUGGAAUCGAGCCCCGUACGACCAGAGAGGCCAUCACCAUCCCCCGUCACACGGACAAUUCGGGCGUCGGCCACCCCAUUUUCAAAGGCCACCUUCCAACCACUCGCACGGGAGCAAGGGCCAUUCAAGGCAAUCCGUUGAUGAUGAUGACGAUAGAUGGAAGCAUCAGAAGCAAAUCAAAUCCAGCGAGAUGUCAUCCAACAUAGAACGAGCUCGUCAGCGCCGAGAGGAAGAGCAGAAGAAAGAAGAGGAAAUUCGGAAGGCCGCUUCUGAAGAGAAGCUUCGACAGCUGGACGAGAGAAUAGCCCGGGACCAGAAGCUCAAGGAAGGAGACACUCCAGCAGCAGCAGCACCUCCAGCAGAGCCAACGGUGCCAGCAGCUGCUCCAGCAGCUCCAAGGGAGAUCCCCAAACGCGACCCUGCCUCCGAGCUGCCGAAGGGGGAGAAGCCCGCAGAGAGGGAGAUGGAUAGCAACCGUGACAGAGAGUGGGAACGGGAUCGAGAGAGGCAUUAUGAGAGGGACCACGAGAGGGGUGAAGUGCCUUACUCCAGGGAGGGCAUGGUCAUCAAGAGGCAGCGUACAGAGAGUGGCAGUAGUGAUGGCUCGAGACAAGGAAGGGAUAGAAGAGAUGGUGGAAAUUAUAAUCGUCAGCCUACCCGGAACAUACCACCUAGAUUCUUGAAGCAGCAGCAAGCGCAACAGGAGCAACAGCAUGGCCACCAGCAACGUAGACAACCUCCUUUCCCACAACAGGACCAGCAGUGGCACGGUAGAGAUGGAGGAAGAGGGAACUGGGUUGGCGGCAGUGGUCCUACCACACCUACCACACCCCCAUUCGGUCAAGAACCAAGGCAGUUUCCUCCUGGAAGGAUUCAUAUCCAGAGAAGACGAGAGAACUCUGAAACAAGUAGUGAUGGCCAGGAGAAAAGCAACUUUUCACCAGAUGUGAGAGAAGGUGAUACAGCCACAGGGCAAGCAGUGAUCCCAAGCAGAACAGAGGCAGAAGACAGAGGAAGGGGUGGCGACAGGGGGUUCCGCAAUCAAAGAAUACCGUCUGACGCAGCACCGAAAGAAAUCCCAAGACGCCAAGAGUCUCAAACGGAUAUCCAUCGAGGUCAGGAGCCAUCACGGCAUGGUCCUAGGCCGGAGCAGAAACCAGAUGGAAUGCUUGAUCAACAAGAACAGAGACCAGGUCCUAGGCAAGACCACAGAGUGGAUCAGAAGCAGGACCAAAGACAAGAAAAGAGACCCGAUCUGAGGCAAGAUCAGAGGUCGGAUCAGCGAUAUGAUCAUAGGCAUGACCAAAGACCUGAUCAAAGGCACGAUCAGAGAUCAGAUGCACGCCAAGAGAAAAGGCCAGAUCUCAGACAAGACCAUAGGCAGGAUCAAAGGUCAGAUCCUAGGCAGGAUCAGAGACCUGACCUUAGGCAUGAUCAAAGACCAGAUCUCAGGCAAGGACAGCAAGAUCAAAGGCAAGUUGGAAGACAAGAUCAGAGGCAAGGAUCUAGGCAAGAACCAAAACAAGACCAGAGGUUAGAGCAUAGACCAAGUAGAGAAAAGAUUGCAAGCCAGGGCUCGGAGGAUGCAGUAGUACCAAGGCAGUCUAGCCAAGAAAAGUCCGCUGCUCCUUCCAGAGUAGAGCAAAAACCAGAGGUGGAAACACAGGGUCAAGAGAAGAAUCUCGGUAAAGAAGCUAAACCUCUUCAAAGUGAAAACGAUAAGCAAAUCGGCUCAGUCACAGAUCAUAAAGAGAACACAUCUGAGCCAUCAAAGACUGUUAAAAUUGGGCCCGGUGUUGAUAGGGAUAGGAGACCGCAGAGGGAUUCUAAGCCACUACCAAGCAGUUUGGUUGAUAUGAAAAGUGGAAGCAGAGAUAAAUUUGAUAAGAAUGACAAGGCUGAUCGUUACGAGAAAGGAAGGAGGAGGGAUAGCGAUCGGGAUCGAAGUGACUUUCAUGGAAAAGAUGAGAGGCACAAUAGAAGAGGAAACAAUGAGCAAACCGGAGGGCGGGGUGCCGGUUCGAGGAGUGAUUCCAGGGAUGCAAAGAAGGUAGAAUCUCAACCUCCAGAACCAAGCAGAGCAUGGAAAGGGCAAGAUACAAGUCAGAGGUUAAAGCUCAAGGAGCCUUCAAAGCCCAAUGAAAGCAGCCAACCGGAGAAGAAUACAGAAAGAGUGGAAGAAAAACAAGCAACUUAUGUUGAUCAGAAGAGUAAAGCGGUUGCUGAUGAACGCAAAUCAGAGGAAGUUCCAUUACAUAAAGAGACCAAAGACUCUCAAAAUGAAAAAGUUGAAAAUAAAGAUGUUUCUGAGGUGAAAGGAAAUGGAGCGAAACCCAAAGAUCUUGUAAAUGAGAAACCCAAAGUGGAUGAUAGUAAAGAGAGGCCACCUCGUGAUAGGAGAGACGUGAGAGACGUGCGCGAUAGGAGAGAUGAGAGAGACGUGCAUGAUAGAGGAGGAAGGUCAGGUGGUCGUGGAAGAGGCUCGGCUGACUCUAACAGAAGGAGAGAUGAAAGGGGACCUCCGCUUAGAAGAGAUGACAAAGGUCUUUCAUCCAACAGAAGAGAUAAGGGGCGAUAUGAAGUCAGUAAUCGUGGAAGAGGCUUCAGGCCAUACACUACGGGCAUCCGAGGGAGAGGCAGAGGAAGGGGGGAAAGACUUGAAACUAGUAGUCGGCAAGGUUACAGGAGACCAACGAGGAGAGAAGAGGAGGAGGAGUCGGAUCUAAGCUCAGGUGACGAGAGUGUAGAGAGAGUUCCAGAGAGAAAGGAACCGCCCAAGCAGGCCAAACCAACCGAACCAAAGCCACUGUUAGAAAGCACCGACGCCACUCCUAUGGGUGCAGAGAAACCCGCUGAUGAAGUGGCCAAACCUAAAGAAUCUGAGAUGAAGGAAGAAUCUUCAGAAUUUCCCAAUUCGCGGGGGGAAGCUGACGAGGAUAGAGAUGGAACAGAGAGGGGUAACUUACCUAGAGGAGAGCCAUCAAGAAGAGGGAGAGGUGGAGGUGCGUUGAGGAAAGGGAGAGGAGGAAGUGGAGGAAGGGGUGCAUCUUCAAGGGGACGUGGGAGAGAUUCUUACAGCAGGGACGGGAGAGACACAAGAGAUGAUAGAAGACCACCUCCUUCAAGAGACGGCACGCAAAGGUACGAUAGUGGCUUCAGGAAUGAUAGCGACCUAAGAGAUAGCUAUAGAGAGCCAAGAGGUAGAGGAAGGGAAGACGAGAUGAGGCAGAAUGCGAGAGACGGUCCACCAGGAAGGGGUGCUUACAGGAGACCAAGACCUGACAGACCUCCUAGGUUCCAGAAGAAUUCUCACGGGAGGGGUAGAGUAAGACCUCAGCGAAGUGACCAAAGGUCGGACAUGGCUAGCAGCAGGACCAAAGAGACCAAUGAUAGGAGUCAGAUCAACAGUGGCAACAAUAGCGACGGAGCAUCAAAGGGAGCAUCCAGGCCGCCCCUACCAAGACAGAACUCGUCUGAUCUGAACAACGAUGAAUGGGAGACUGCAUCGGAGAGCAGUAACUUCAAUGACCACAAGGCAAGAGAGAAGGAGGUUGCAUCAGAAGGCCAGAAGACCUCCGCUGACAACAAGGCAGUGAAGGACAGCGGCAGUGCUCCUCGUAGUAACGGCAAUCCCGAAAGCAGACCCAGAAACGAUAGGAGAGACGUCGGGAGGAAAGCGCCGACCACCAAUCAAAGGCAGGGAGCAGAUAGACCCGGCAAUAGCCAUAGGGACAGCUACAGAUCAGAUUAUGAUCGAAGAGACAAGGGAUACCGGAAUGGUCGUGACAACCGUGGCCCAAGCUCGAGGGGAGGACGUGGACGAGGUGGGGAGAGGAAGUCCGACAACGGCCCUUUUGUGAAGCGCGGUGCAGGACAGCAGAGAGGGAGCUCGGAACAGAACCAUUCUGAUGUCUACAGAAUGGAUACAAUAAUCUAUGAUGAUCAGAGAUCUGUUAAUAAUGCUCUCAAUGCUUGCAUGCAUCCUAAGAAAGCUACCAUGCCGAUGGGGAAGCCUCUGGAUAGUACGACCCCAGUCAGCCUGCCUGUCUCAAGGGAAAAGACCAAAAUCAUCACUGACAAGAGGAUAGACGUUCUUGCUACCUAUGACAUUAACACCAAUUAUGGUGUUGUCGUGGUAGACGAUGUCCCUGAAGUGAUAGUGGAGAACCCAGAUGAGCUUCUGACCCCGGAUGCAGGAUUUCAACCAGUGCUCUCAAGAAAACAGAAAGCGGCUGAAUACGAGAGGAAAAAGAUGGAGACACUCUCAUCAGAGAUUGGAAAGAAAGCCAAACUGGGCACCCCUAUGAAGACACGCCACGCCAACCAGAAGCUUCCACCUAGGAUGCGAGGGCCGGUUGCAUCCAAGGAGAACAUGAAGGAUCCAGCCUCGGUGACGCCCAUCGGCACAGGACCCAGGACAGGUACCCUGAACAAAGCACCUGGUAGCAGGCCUUUGAGCACAGAAGGCAUCCCUCCAUUGAUGGGAAGCCCUGUAUCUGCUGUGGGUUUACAUAUGGCCCCAACACAUUCUCUUAGGAAAGUUGGUGGUUUUGGUGCAGCGCCGGCACCCCCUCCACCACCCAGCAACGCAUGGGAGAAGCCUCCAUUGUUAUCUGGUCCUCAACCACCAGCAGCAGCAGGACCAGGUACCCAACCUUCUAUGCCUGCUGUACCAAAGGCUGGUGUAGCUGCUCCUGCUGCAGUCCAGCAGCAGGGCAAGCCCGAGUCGUCCAACGAUCAGCAUGAUAGCGGUGUGGAACUCAACAGUGAUCAUCAUACAUCCAAUCCACCGUCACAAAGGAGCUCUCCCAAUGACUGGUCGACAGACCUCGCACCGCCCUCUUCACGUCUCCCCGCCCAGGGCUUACAGAGCGUGGCCGAGGGAUCGACCCACGGCCAGUCGUAUGCGUCCAGUGGUGGUAGGAUGGACAAGACUGCUCCGACACAAGGCGAGGAUGCUGCAAUGAGGAAACUUACAGUGGAUAUGGCUCAGCCUUCUGGGGUGAUUGGUCCAAAUGGUCUUAUGAGUCAGAAUGGACAAGCUCUUGGCAGCCCUGGAGGACGCCCAGGACAGUCCAGCUUGAUCCAAUCAUCACAAGACCAGAACAGAAGUAACGUCCAAUCCCCUACCUCCACUGCUGCUACCGACGAGCUCAACAUGAAGAUAGAACGUGCAAGGAACCUGUGGGACGCUGACGAGAGCGCUCCUCCUGCUCCUCAGCCGACCCUCGGUGAAGCCAAUCUCUCAUCGCAAGGCUUGGUCUCAAUGACCGCAUCAACGGCCAGUGAUCAGCAUCAGCAGCAUAUCCAGAGAGCUGAAGCUAACCGGGAUAUGAAUACUAGAAGUGAUAUUGGUGCCGGUCAGUUGAGUCAUUCUGCAGCUAGCAUCUUACCUGCGAGCGGAGCGUCGGGAAUCACAUUUGGAAGCUUUCCGACGAGCGAUGUUGAUAUGGUAGAGAAUGAUGUCCCGACAUCGGCGUCCUUCACUGCCUCGCUGAAUGCUAAUAUGAAUGCAAACAUGGGUGGAGAUGAUAUGGAGAUGACUGUCCCAAGCAGCAGAACAUUUGCCCAGUUUUCGAGUGCGAGCGCAGAGGUGGAAUCUCCUCAAGAGAUCUUCACUUCGGCAGGAUACCCGAACAAAGGAAUGUCUCUUUACACGAGCACAAGUGCUUUCCCGGCUGCCACCUUUCCCUCGUCCAUCUUGGAUCACCCUGCUUACAAUCCAAAGCACAUUGGUGGGGAACAGCAAGCAAGACUUCACCAACAUCAGCAGCAACAACAACAGCAGCAGCAACAGCAUCAACAGCAGCAACAACAACAACAACAACAACAGCAGCAACAACAACAGCAGCAGCAACAACAUCAGCAGCAGCAACAACAACAACAACAUCAGCAGCAGCAGCAACAACAACAGCAACAGCAGCAGGCCUAUACAUCCUCAGUGCUCCUGGCUCAGCCCUACAAUAUGGGGAAUUCACUGAGCAGUGGUCUGGCAGGGAGUGCUGUGGGAAUACCCGGUGGAGGAAUCGGCAGCACCAACUCCCAGUCACUUCUCUCUCAUGGGACGUCGGGCCAGUACUCAUUCCAGGGCCCCGACACCUCGCGCCUUCUCCAGGGCACUCCAGCAUUCCUCACUCCAGUUUCAUUCCAAGGCACCCUCCUGCAGCCCCAGUCCGCCGGCAACUUACCGUUCGGCUUGAGCCAGACUGCCGGCAUGGCUCCGUCGUCCCCUGCUCCCGGUGCCCCAUCACAGCAGCAGUCCUACCCACAGGCCGCUACGGGAUUCCUACCCGCCCAAGCUUCUCAACCAGCCCCGCCUACGGGUCUCCAUACCAACUUUGGUCCCAUCCUGUCGGUGAGCCUCUCCCAGAACCAGGUGCCCAGUCAUUCCUACGUGAACCUCAGCUCACCGUCGUACACGAGACCAGGCCAUGAUCUGGGUCUGACCGCUAGCCAUACGAGCUCCGUCAUCAUGAAGCCACAGGCGACCAUGGGAGGCCUCACCAAGACUGUUUCUAGUGUUCCUUUUGGAACUGUAUCCGGAGGGCAGCAAUCACACUUGUAUACUCAGCAGAGAGCUACGUCUCAGUUAGGUGCCCAGCAGGCUGGCAUGAUGACCAACAACACUCUGAUAGCUGCAGCCAUGCAAUCCAACCAAACCCCAGCCAAUGCACCAACCCACCAUCCAACACACGGCCAGCAUGCAUCCUUCUUCAGCGGCGGUGCCCAGGGAAUAGCCGCUGCAAACUCGCAGGUGGGAAGCACCAACUUCUUCAAUACCCUCCAGGGUAGCCGUUCCACCAACCUGCAGGGUUCCGUGCAGGCCAUACCCAUCCAGAUUCCACAGACGACCAUAUCCUCCCAGUACCCCAUCGCCCCUCAGCAGGCUCACCAAGCGUCCCAACCCAUCGUUCACCCCAUCGGUGCUCCGGUGGGAGGCUACGCUAGUGCCUAUGGGGAUAUCGGGACUCAACCUAAGCACCACGCCAGGAGCAUCCCGUCUGGUCUGAGUAUGGAUAGACAAUCCACACCCUCCAUACACAUGGAUCUACCCGUGGAUCUGCUGUCUCGCAGUGAUUCGUCUGGAAGCAGGAGCAGCAACCUGUCUCAGCAUGUAGAUGCCAAACCCUUCAGCCCUAAUAGGCAGAUGGGAAGCGGCAUUCCCGCUGCGAGCAACAAGCCGCAGGAGGAAAGAUAUGGCAAUCUUGUAUACAGCAACAGAGUGAGCAGCUACAAUCCAGCUGAUCAAGGCAUUGGUAGUAAGCCCCAGAGCUAUAGCGCUGCCCCCGUUUCCAUUGGUCAUUACAGUGUCGAGGAUAGGAAAUCAUACAGUCAGCCCAGGAGCUCGGAUGCUCAGCGAAUGCUGUUACCUGAUGCUGAUGCGACAGUGCCUAGUUUACAUCCUGCAUCUCUGACGUCCUCACUGCCCUACUCGAUGACGUCUGCCACGACUGCAGCCAACGCGAGUCAGAAGCCUAAUUACUCCCAGACAUCCAAAGUAAGUCAACCACCGCCAUCUUCAUCAGCACCGCAGCAGCAGUCGACACCACCCAAGGGGACUUCGACAAGUUCCACGCCGCCAGCCCAACCUCCUCUGCCUCAUCGAGGAGGAUUCAACCCUAGGACUGGCUCCAACAACCCCAGGAUGCCUCCGCAGAUGUUCAACCAGGCCAAUCCUCAGAUGAUGUCCAUGAUGGGGAUGCGUUUCACGAUGCCUUUCCCUCAAGGUCCCCCACCACCUCGUGGCGCCCAAUUCAUGCCACCUCAGCGAAUGCCUUCAAGCAGUGCCGGUGUGAAUCUGCCAACAGGACCUUCUCCUAACCCUCAACCGAUCAUCCCACCUGCUCCCAAGACGAGCCAGUCAGCGCCAAAGAUACAGAAGCCACAGCUGUCGACCUCCAUCUCGCAAUCGACUGCACCACCACAGGCUAAGCCUACACCGCAGUCAAAGCAGCCAGGGAAGCAGCAAGCAGCCAGUAGUCAGGGUGGAUACCAAGCCAACAAGAAUAAGUCCCUGGCAGGGUUACCGGGACCAAGCGCCAAGCUAUCCAAAGCUCCCAGCCACUUCACCGGCAGAAGACAACCUGUUGACCUGAAGACUCCUGAAGAAAUCAAGGCAGAGCAGAAUAAGGAGAGAGCAAAGCUUUUAGCUUCUACCAAGGCAUUCUUCGGCAAGACAACGGGCGAGGGUGCAGAUUCAAAGGAGAAAUCGGACAAAGUGGAAAACUAGACCAAAUUGGUGAAUUUGAACAGUGAUACUGACAGUUCUCAGUUUUUUUGAUGAAGAAAUGAUUUCACGUCCUUCUCAGAUUGGAAGGAGGAUUCGUGCGAAGUAAAGAACAGAGACAUUCAAGUUAGCAGAAAAAGUUCAUUUACUGUGAGUAUAGACACUGGUUUGGAACAGAAUUGAGAGGAAAAUGUAGAAAAGAAGAGAGCGUGCAGCCAAGGCACAUUGAAAGGAAGCUACAGUAGAAGUGCAAGGUUUUUGUUGGAAAAAGGAAGAGAAAUUAUGUUACGCCACCAGCAUCCUAUGCGGGUGAUGCUGGGCAACUGAGUCUUAUCUGAUGAUUAUUUUACAUAGUCAGAGACUGCCUUGCAUGGAAUGGAUGAGAUGUUUUUCAUAACAUUUUUUAUAUUUGAGCUUCGGUGAGGCUGACACGACUCGCUGGCUCGUUUUUUUUCUGAAGAAUUUGAACAGUUGCUGGAAAAAAGGUUAUCACUUUAACAAGAAUGAAUGUUUUGAAGAAACAGAUAUAUUUAUAAAUGCUGAUUUUGAAACUUGUGCUAGAAUAUUUUAAGGUACAUAUUUGAGAAGCAUUAUAAGAGGCAUGUUUUGAUCGAUGCGCAUUUAUUAUUGAUUGGGAUAAACAAAUGCAAGUUGAAAUUUAUGUUCUUGAUUCGGCUGUAUGUUAUGAGAGAUAUUUAGAAUCGAUGAUACGUAGCUUGAAUAAAAUAUAUGAUGCUGAAUGGUAGUAGUAUCACACAUUUAAAGGUCUUGUAUUUUUCCUAUACCAGCAAAAAGUUACAUUUUGACUGAUGUUCCUGUGUUCUUCUAGCUUCCAUUACAUACAUUUGGAAUAGAAAGAUAUAUAUUGAAAUAGAAAUCCACCGUUACAGUGGUUUAAGUAUUGUAUAUGUUGAAUGAUGACAGUUCAAUUUAGACAAUGAAUGUGUUUAUUUGUUACUCAGAGAGUACAGUAUUUGAAGAUACAAAACUUCAUUUUUAUGUAAGUAAUUAAUAAAUUGUGUCAUGAUUAAAUUCCAGAGUGUUUGUAGUUUGACGAUAUUAUGUUGAGUGUUUCAUGAUGAGAUAACAUAAUUAGGUGACUAAAGUAUAUACUUUUGAAGUGUUUUCUGUCCGUUUAAACCACUUAGUAUUCCAUAGCAUUCAUGAGUGGACAUUGUAUAUAUCAUUUGACCGGAGUCAGAAGAGCAAUAAAUCUUAUAGAUUAACAUUGAGUAACGCUCUUCUGGCCGGUAGCCAAUGAGACAAAAAAUGAAUGUAAGCGCUAUUAGAUGAAGUCGGCUGUUCUUUGAUGUACAGAAACAGCCCGUAACCGUUGUAUUUUCUUUGUUUGAUUAUCAGUUUAACUUAUCAUCAAUUUUGUUUUCCUUUGAAAAUUUGUUUUUCUAUUUUGUAAAUACUGGACUCUGAUUAAACAGACUAUAGUGGAGUUAAUGUGUACAUAUGUUCAAUCUUUUUUCUUACUGCAUAACUUAUUGCACAUUGUCGGCAAUCAGAAAGAGAUAAAACUUUCAAUUUUCACUUCAUAUUUGAAAAUACAUGUAUGUGUCGUCUCUGUCGAAUGGGAAUUAUUUUUGUUCCCUUUGUUUAAUCUUUACUAAGAUUAAAGGAGGAAAACACAGACAGACGGUGAUAAUCUGACUGAGAUGAUGAUUUACCGAGCCAUGUUAAAGCAUACUAACAGCAGGCCUGGAUCAUGUAGCUCAUUACCAUGUAUGUACAUACGUCAAAAUCUUUGAACUUGUCACCUCGUUGUUUAUACACUUACAUGUAUUGCUAUUUUUAUAUUUCAUUUUCUUUGUUCAAAACAACACUUUUUGUUUUGUAUUAAUGGGAUUUUGCAUACACAGUAUGUGUUUUUUUUUUUCCAACGAGUUUGAUUUGUUCAAUCCUACAUGCGCUUUGCCAAUGGCAUUAUAAGAUGUUGAGGUUAUUUAAAGAAUACAGCAGAGUUGUCAUUAUUCAUGGUUGUCUCUUGUAAGAGUAGAUUGAACAGCAGCGACAUAUCGUACCGCUCCAUCGUUCAUAUUUGUGAUUUCAUUACGUUGUGGAUUGUUUAUGAAGAGUCUAAAUCCAGGUAUUUAUGUUAUAUUUGAAGUUGUGUAAAGAAUUCAAAGGUACUAACACACGUGAAGUGUCAGUAGCAGCGAUGCAGUGUGUACCAAAUUGGUUUCUCAUUGUGCAUAUAUUCAGGUUUUCGUUUGUUUUCUAGUUCGAGAAAUGAAUUCUAGCACGUUAAUUUUUUUUCUUUUCCGUUCCUUUUGCUCAUAAACUGUCCCUUGCAAUUUGCUUUACAUGUGCACGAAGUAGCGAGUGCAUCUAUCUAUGAUCAUAAACUGCUAGUAUUAAGUGAAUUUUGAUAACUUCUUGUAUAUUACGGUACAUUAUCAAAGCAAAGAGACUGCAUGUGUAUAGUUCAAUUCUGAUAUGAUAUAGUAGUGAUCCCCUCUUGUUUUUUGUUCAUUCUUUCUUGUCUCUGUAUGUCUAUGCCUGUAUACCUGCAUAGGCUACUCUCUUUCACAAGGUUUUACUAUGGAAUGAUCGCCCGAUAUGCGCUCUACAUUAUUACGUCAUUGUGGCUUCCAGCGAGUUGGAGCCUCGGUUUAAUAAUGUGUGGAGCAUGUAUGUGGGAGAAAAGAACUGUACAUAUCUUAGUGUGUACGUACCAAAACCUUGUGUGCCUCGAUCACACGAGCUUGAGAGAACGUGACAAAACUUAUUGAAUAAAAAAUGCAAUUCCUGAUUCGUCCAGUAUUGGCGUCAAAACAAGA